AUGGGAAGAUAUCUAUGCUCAUUGGAUUGGCCUUUGUUACUUAGCUCCCUUGAAACCGGCGACGAGUUACUCUGUGUUUUCGAGCAAGUUAUACACACAGGCCUUGACCUUCUAAUGCCAGUUAGAAAAGUCCGUAUGAACACACGCGAUGCUCCUUGGAUGACGCAACACUUGGAAGAUCUAAUUCGGAAAAGGCAACAGGCAUUCCUAAAUAAAGGCGCGGACUCAGUUCAAUGCAAAUCAGAAAUCAGGUUAACCGAGAAAGAAAGCUUUGGAGAGCAAAGUUUUAUGAAUCAAGAGUAG